UGUCGCUGCUCCGUGGUCGCUCGCUUUUCUUCCAGUGUUCCCUAGUGUUUUCCCAGAGAUCCGCUCCAAUCCGAUCCGAGCCGAGAUUUAAGUGAACCACGCGAUCGAGUGCCUUGUUUAACAAAUGCAUCUGAAGCGGACGCAUUAAGUCGCGACUAGUUAUAUAAAGGGCGCAACAGACAAAAAUCGGAAGAUUUCCAUAAAUUAAUUCGCCAACUACUUGAACUAAUUUGCCUACAUUAUAGCUGGCCAAAAUGAGUGCCGAGAGAGAUGACGAAUACCUCAAAUUUGUGCCCCACUCAAAGUCGUAUCAAGUGGUUCCAGGAGCUGAGUUUCAGUGCAAACUGGGCAACCACAAUUCCAGAAAACUUUCGACCAUCGAUGAGCAGGAUGAUGAUGUGGCCAAUCGGAGGGGUAUGAUGCACCAGAUUUUGGCCACUUGUGCCGUUCUUUUACUUUCCGCUGGCUGUGGAAUGCCCAUUGGAUUUUCGGCCAUCUUGCUGCCCCAAUUAAUGGAUACAAAUAGCACUGAGAUCCCCAUAGAUUUGGAUACGGGUUCUUGGAUCGCCAGUGUCCACAGUUUGGCCACUCCUUUUGGUUCCCUGCUUUCGGGACCCUUGGCGGAUUAUUUGGGCCGCCGCAGGACCCUAAUCCUUUCGGUUAUUCCCCUCCUGCUGGGCUGGAGCACAUUGGCGAUUGCCAAGAGCCUCAAUGUGGUACUCUUUGCGCGGUUCCUGUGCGGAUUUGCAACCGGAAUUCUGGGUGGACCCGGACAGGUCUACAUUGCCGAAACUGCGGAGCCCAAUUUAAGAAGUCUGCUGAUCGGUGCUCCCUACGUGGCCUACUCCUCGGGAAUCUUGCUGGUCUACUCCCUGGGGUCCAUGAUGUACUGGCGGAGCGUGGCCUGGUGCGCCAACAUCCUUCCCCUGCUGGCCAUGGUGUCCAUAUCCUGCAUCCCAGAGACUCCUGCCUGGCUGCUUCGCAAUGGCCAUGAGCAGCGCGCCCUGCAGGCACUGUCCUUCCUUCGGGGCAGUGAAAUUAGUGCCCAGAACGAGUUGAACGACAUGAAGCAGCGAUUGGCCAAGGAGCGAGUGACCACCAGGACCAAUGAGAACAUCUUCCAGCUGUGCUGCCAAAGGGUGGCCAUUAAGCCGCUGGUCAUCGUGAUCGUCUUCUCCCUGCUGCAGAUGUUCUCCGGCACCUUCAUCGUGAUCUUCUACGCCGUCGAUAUGAUUUCGGAAUUCGGAGCCGCCUUCGAUUCCAAACAGGCGGCAAUUGGAACGGCAGUUGUCCGGGUGAUUUGCUGCAUGAUCUUCUGUGUGAUCCUGAUCUUCGUUCGCCGCCGUAGGAUCAUGAUAGUGUCUGGAAUCGGUUCGGGCCUGUUCUGCUUAGUGUUGAGUGUCUACCAGUAUGCCAGACACGGUCAGCCCAAAAUGUCCUACGACGUUUUGGUAGGAGGCGGUUGCCUCUUGGGUUACAUUAUCUUCAAUACAGCACUGAUGGUAAUGCCGGGCAUCAUGAUUGGUGAGCUAUUCCCGGCCAGGAUCCGCGGCAGGACAGCUGGCGGCGUGUUUGCCUCCAUGAACGUGGCUCUCUUCAUCUUCGCAAAGAAGUUCCCCGCCCUGCAGGCCAUGCUCAAAAUGCGCGGAGUCUUCCUGGUCUUCGGAGUGUCCAGUUUCCUGCUCACCGCCUUCAUGUGCAUGUUCCAGCCGGAGACGAAGGGACGCAGCUUGGAGCACAUCGAGGACUACUUCAACGGGAACAACUGGCUGUGGUUCCGGAGGGAUCGUGGCUAUAAGACGGUCAACUUGCAGCCCCUGCAGCCGCUGAAGGAAAAUCGGGGGACGGACGCAUAAUGCAGGGGGGUAUUAGCAUUAAAUCAGGUCUUAGCUUAGCUAGUUUUAGCCAUACUCGUAGUUCUAGCCGCAGUGCCUCGUAGUCGUUGGACUCGCUCGAUUUUCCAGUGCUCCCCAGUUUGGCCACUCAGACAGGGAAUCCUCAAAUGUUAAGUUUAUUAAUUCCAAUUGUGAUCGCUAUGCUUUAAAUUGAGUGUACCUAAUUGUUAAAUAAAAUUAUGAUUAGGAAUAAAAAAC